UAUCCUUAGGCCAUGUGAAAGGAGACAGGUUGGCCUUGGUACUCUCUGUUCCCAUUGGUCAGAAUCACGUGCCAUCAUUGAUCAAUGUAGAUUUGUGGAAGGGGAGGCAAAAAAAGUGGCGGUGGUGGGUUGAGACAAGCUCUUAUGGCGAUUCUUGAGAGCUUUCUUAGAUUUAGGUUUCUUCAGCAUGUUGUGAUUUUGUUGCAGAUCCAUAGUGUAAUCUGCUAUCAGUACAAAGUUGGAGAUUUGGAUUCUUGGGGUCUUCCCACUUCUGAAAAUCCAAAGAUCUAUAUGUAUUGGUCUAAAUAUCACUCUUUACAGAUUGGUGAUUCUCUGAUGUUCUUGUAUCCACCAAGCCAAGAUUCAGUGAUUCAAGUUACAAAGGAAUCUUACAACAGCUGCAAUCUCAAGAAUCCAAUCUUGUCCAUGAAAGAUGGUAACUCUGUUUUCAAUAUCACUACUUAUGGGGAUCUGUUCUUCACCAGUGGAGUUGCAGGCCACUGUGAGAAGAAUCAGAAGCUUCAUAUCUCUGUGCUUUCUGGAAAUGGUUCUUCUGCAAGCGCUCCAUCUUCUGAUGGUGCACUUCCUGAAAUCUCUCCCUCUUACCCCACUGUUUUUGGUGGAAUCCCAGCAGCUCCCAUGGCCAACUCCAGCUCCUCCUCCUCUUCUUCCUCUUUGUCAACAAAAAUCUCAUUUUUUCCUGCCUUGGUUGCUGCUGCUUUUGCUGGGCUUUUGAUUCUGAGCCAAUGAGUUCGUUCAUAUAUUGAGAUUCAUUGAGUUAUAAUGGUUUGAGAAAUGAAUUCUUUUUCACAAUUAUUAUCCCUGCGUUGUUGUGUUCUUAGAUGAAUUGAAUUCAUCUGUGUUGUUUAAUGGUGUUUCCUAUAAGAAAUGGCUCUGAUUUUCAGGUGUAAAA